AUGUAUCUCCAGGGGUGUGUUUCAAUUCUUUCGCUUUGUGCUGUCGCUUCGGCGAGUGUUCUUAAUUAUGGGAGUCAUGUAAAAAGCAAUACAGGAAAGUCAAGUCUUCCUCGAACCGCGGCAUACUAUGCCAACUGGGAUAUUUACUCAGCAGAGUACUACGUCACAGAUAUCCCGGCAAGCCAACUAACUCAUCUCAUAUACGCCUUUGCGAAUAUCAACUCGACAACUGGGGAGGUCUACUUGAGCGAUGACUAUGCGGACUUAGAGUACCUCUACCCUGGCGAUGAUGCCUCCGUGCCUGGACCAAAUGUCUAUGGAAAUAUCAAACAGCUGUUUCUUCUGAAGAAGAAGCACCGAAACCUGAAGACAAUGAUCUCCAUCGGAGGUGGCACGUACUCAGCUAACCUGGUUCCCGUGUUGGCUUCAGAGACUCUGCGACAGUCAUUUGCCAAUUCAGCUGUUAAACUUGUAUCAAAUCUGGGCUUCGACGGAAUCGACAUUGACUAUGAAUCUGUGAGCAGUACUACUCAAGCAGAACAAUUUGUCGAUCUCCUGAACAAGACCCGUUCAGCUUUGGACACUGUUGCGGCAAACAUCAGUACAACGCCAUUCUUGCUCUCGUUCGCUUCACCUGCAGGUUCACAGAACUACGACUUACUAGAUUUCCCCAGCAUGGAUAAAUUCCUUGACUUUUGGAACUACAUGGGCUAUGCGUAUGCCGGAUCAUGGAAUACCUACACUGGUCACGAUGCUAAUCUCUUCUAUUCAUCUAAAAACCCGCGCUCGACUCCAGUCAAUACCAAUUCGUCAAUAACCGAUUACAUCGCCAAGGGUGCAACACCGAGCAAGAUAAACUUGGGAUCUCCUUUGUACGGAAUCUCAUUCAACAACACGGCCGGACCCGGAACUCCCUUUGACGGCAUUGGCGAUCUGGGAACAUUAGGAGAAGCAGGAACCUGGAACGAUAACUCCCUUCCCGUGCCCGGGUUCAAUGCUACAACUUUCGAACUCCCAGAAAUCGGGGCAAGUUACAGCUAUGACCCAGUUAAGAAGUAUAUGAUCAGCUAUGACACACCUAAGAUCGCAGCUGUUAAGGCCGAAUACGUGACUGAGAUGGGUUUAGGCGGCACGAUGUGGUGGGAAGUUAGCAUGGACAAGAAUGGAACUUCCAGCUUGAUCAAUGCAACAGUCAGGCAGUAUGGUGGCGAGAGCGCCUUGGAUCAAACCUUGAACAACCUGAACUACCCAACAAGUAUAUAUGAUAACUUAAGAGCCGGGUUCCCUGAGAAUAGCACUACUCCUGCACCCACUAGCACGACUAGCUCUGCUGUAAGUUGGACAUCGACUGUUGCUCCUUCACGCGUGGAGCCCAGCACAACUGCUUCGUGCACAGAAUACCACCUUGUUGUCUCGGGUGACACGUGCUACAAAAUCUGGACGGAGUAUGGAAUAACUGCUGCUGAGUUCGCCGCGAUGAACCCAUAUGUUGGAUCAGAUUGCGCGAAUCUCUGGCUUGGAUUUUACGUUUGUGUGGAGGCAACAAGUUCAUAA